AUGUUCCGUUUCAUCGCUAUCUGCGCCUUUGCCACCCUUGCCGCCGCCGCACCCGGCUUUGUUCAGCAGCAUGUGGUAGCAGCUCCAUUGGCCACUUCUCAUCAGACAAUCACUCAGUAUCAUAGCAAGGCGGUGCUUACACCAGUCGUCAAGCAUGUGGCUCCAGUGGUGCCCGUAGUCAAGACAAUCGCUCCAGUGGUGCCCGUAGUCAAGACAAUCGCUCCAGUGGUGCCCGUAGUCAAGACUAUCGCUCCAGUGGUGCCCGUAGUCAAGACUAUCGCUCCAGUGGUGCCUGUAGUCAAGACGAUUGCGCCAGUGGUGCCUGUUGUUAAAACUGUGACUCCUGUGGUUCAUCAUCACACCUAUGUGGCACCCGCGCCAGUCGUCAAGCACAUCGCUCCCGUUGCCGUCUCGCACCAGAGCCAUGUUCAGAUCCACCAGAAGGCCAUCGUCACGCCCGUCCUGAAGACAGUCGCUAUUGCUGCCCCUGUGGUGCCAGUUGUGAAAACUAUUGCCGCCGCUCCUCUCGCCCAUGUCUACCAUCACCACCAUUAA